AUGUCUCUGUCAUUUCCACCUUUAAGUGAUCUCACUACAUAUGGAGUUUCUCCUCCUCUAGAUAAAAUCAUUCUACUAAGUCAUAUAUUUAAUUAGAGUUCACCUUUACUUGGUCUCUUCUUGAAAAUCUCAGAUUUGGUCAAGUUUAUUCUAGGACAUGAUACCUCCAAAUUCUAGAUCAACCUAAGAACCCAAACUUGUCUUAACCAUAUCUUUUUCUACAGAAAAUACUAAGAGUGGCCAGUUCAAUGACCUUUCUAUUGCCCUUGAAAAACCCUCAUAGGACUAUACAAAACACCUAUUAUACCCUUCAACCAACUUUAUUUCCUAACAUAGCAUUUCUCUCAUUUAUAGAACCUUGCUACCAUGGAUGGUAUUACUAUUCCAAUUAAUGUUUCAGAAGCUCUCUCCAAGAAAGAGUGGAACAAAUCAUAAAUGAUGAAAUGGGUGAUCUUAAGAAAAACAACAUAUGGGAACUUGUAAAAUUGGAUGUAAGUGAGUCUACUCUAUAAAAUGUAAAGCUGAUGGAUCAAUAGAAAGGUACAAAGGCAUACUUGUAGCUAAAGGAUAUGCACGAGUUUAUGGAAUAGACUACCAUGAAACAUUUUCUCAUAUGGCAAAUAUGAACAUAAUCAAAAUUAUUCUAUCUUUGGUAGUUAUUUUAGUUGGGAUAUCUAAUAAUAUAAUGUAAAGAAUGCCUUUCUUCAUGGGAAUCUUACUGCUGAAGUGUAUAUGUAUCAUCCACCUAGUUAUGAAGGACAAUUAUCACCUAACAUUGUUUGCAGACUCAAGAAGUUGUUCUAUGGAUUGAAACAAUCUCAUGUGCAUGGUUUAGGAGAUUUUUUGCAGUCAUACAGAAAUUUGGUUAUUGUCCUAGCAAUGCUGAUUAUUCUUUAUUUUUUAAACAUAUUUCACUACGGGGAGUUACUAUACUUUUGGUUUAUGUUGUUGAUAUCACAAUUACAAGAAGUGAUGCCAUUGAACAAGAAAAUUUGAGCAAAUAUCUUGCCAUAGAGUUUGACAUCAAAACGUUGGGUCGUCUUAAAUAUUUUAUGGGCAUUGAGGUGGCCCAUUCUUCUAAGAGUAUCUUCAUUUCUCAAUGAAAGUAUAUAGUAGUAAAGGAUAUUGAAAAGUUUACAUGUAAAUCAGCCAGCACUCCUCUUGAUCCUAGCCACAAACUUUGUUUUGGCAAAGGGGAGAACUUAUUGAUCAAGAGAUGUAUCAACAUCUCAUUGGAUAGUUAAUAUAUCUCAUACACACUAUAGUUGACAUUUCUUAUGUAGUUAGCCUCCUAAGUCAAUUCAUGCGUCAACUAAAUGAAUUUCAUCUUCAUGCCACUUAUCGGGUGCUACACUACUUGAAGGUAACUCUUGAAAAGGUAUUUUCUUCAAAUAUGGUGGUAACAUAUCAACUGAGAUAAAUAUAGAUGCCAACUAUGCUGGUUUUACCUUAGAUCACCAAUCAACUUUGAGUCUUCUGAUGUUUCUAGGAGGAAUUUAGUUACUUGGUGCAGCAAGAAACAAAAUGUUGUUGCUCAUUCAAGUGCAGAAUUAGAAUUCAAAGCACUUGUGCAUCAAAUAUGUGAACUGCUUUGGGUGAAGAUUUUACUCAUUGACCUAAAGAUUCCUCUUUUAGGUUCUAUGAAGCUCUAA